AUGGCCAGCUGGAUCAGUGAUGACAGAUUCAUGACAGACAGGAAUGACUGGGAAUGGGACUGUGGUUUGAGUUCUCAGGAACUCAGGAACUCUUUCAGAUCUUCAAACCCCAUCUUGCUUUCUGAGUUUGACUUGUGGGAAAAGUCCCUUUUUAAAUCUCAAGCCUCAGCUUUGAGUUGUGUGGGUGUGUCUCGAUCAGAUUACAGCUCCAAAAUCAGCACCAGCUCCAUUGGCAGUCGGUGUGGAAUGAAACGCAGUGAAUCAGCUGCUAGGCAAAGAUGGCAGUCUGCCUCACGUCUUGUGUCAGAUGGGACCCCCAGAUCCCAUUCUGAGUUUGAGCUGCGAAGUGCGCUGGAGAAGAGCAGCAUGAGGAGGACAGAGCUCAUCCAGAGGCUCCGGGAAGCUCACAGCUGUCUGGACACACAAACAGACCUGCUGAAAGCCAAGGAGACCCAGCUUCAGCACAUCCAGAACACUACCCAGCUUCUGGAGCACAAGCAUAAGCAGCUGGCAAAGACACUGAGUGUUGUUGAGGAGCAGAAAGAAGCAGCUGAGAUAAGUCGCUUUGAGGAGAGCUGCCACAGCGCAAACCUGCAAGACAAGGUGCUGCAGCUGGAGAUUGACAUUUUGAAGAUGAAAUCGAGCCUUGAGAGCAGGAGCACUGCUCAAAUCUCAGCAUCACAUUCAAAGGCACACCUUGGCAGGACCGUGCCUGUAACAAAAGAUGAAUUUGUCAGAGAGAAAAAGGCUGAGAGGAAAAUGAAGAAGCUCGAAGAAGCCCUGGGAGAGACAGAGGAGAGAGCUGCAACCCUAGGGGCUGAAAAGGACCAUGCAUUAAAACAACUCCGAGCCUAUAAAGAGGAUCAGCAGAAGGUAUUAAGCCAGAUGGAAGAGCUGAAGCAGAGGUUUAGUAUGUCCUUGGCGGCCCAGAGUGAGUUGCAGGACCAGCUCAGUGAGACCCGUAGCCACCUUGGCCAGCUGGAACUGGAGAAUGAAUUGCUCACCACAAAAACGUUGCGGUUGGAAGACAACAUAGAGGACCUGAAGUCAAAGCUAUCCAGUGCUUUAGCUGAAAAAGAUCGCCUGGUCCAGGAGAAAAGUGAACUGCACCAAAGAGUGCAAAGUUUGGAACUAGAGCUGCAAAGAUCCCAGCUGGGCAGAGAGGGCUUUACUCAGCAGGUGUGUGAUCUCCACUCCAAGCUGACUCAGGCCAAGAGCCAGGCUAGCCAACAACAGCAGAGUACCUUAUUAAUGAACGAGGAACUGCACUCAGCUAAAGAGGUGAAUGAGAAACUAUCAGCAGACCUGGCCACAGCCACAGAGAGGCUUCAAAAUACAUUACAGCAGCUACAUGAACUGGAAGCAGAGAAGCUGAUCCAAACCAAUCAGAUAGCUGCACUGGAGACUGAGCGUUUACAGCUGAUUGGAGAGAAGGAGGAGCUGAUGGAUGUGUUUGACCAGGGAGAUCAGAAAGAGCUAAGAGAUCUCACGGAGAGAUGCUGCCAGCUUAGAGAAUUACAGGAAGUGUUGGAGUAUGAGAAGAAGGAACUUGAGGUACAUUGCCAAGGCCUGGAAAAGAAAGUACAGAAUGUUGAGGCAGACUACGGGCUUAAGGAGCAAGAGCUGAAACUCAUGGAGGAGAAGAUGAAGCAAGAGAAGGAGGAGGUGAAGAGAGUGGCAGCCCACUGGAAUGAGCGAUGGCUAGAUGUUGCGAUGGAUCUGCAGUCUACUCAAGCCCAACUAGAAGAGACCAAGAAGCAACAGCAAGAGACUGAUGCGCUAAGGGAAGAGGCAGCAGAAAUGGCCAUCAAGCUGGAGACACUUGAUGCAGAGUUGAAGGACAGGCAGAAUCUGAUCCAGUGUUUGCUAGAAGAGAAGACACACUAUGAGAAAGAGCUGGCCAGAGUUAAGAAAGAAGCCAGAGCUCUGGAGCGGGUGGAGCUCGAUGCCUGCAGACAACAGUUGGAACUGGAGAGGAACAGGAGCCAGACUCUGCAGCAGAGACUGAUGGGAAACCCUGUGUCUCUGGACGAGAUGGAUGGAGAGCUGGUGCAGCUGAAGGCUGAGCUGCAGAAGGUGUGGGACAUGCUUAAGAGCCGUGACACUGAGCUGGAGGAGCAGCAGCACAAGCUGAAGUUUGCUCGUGGCCAGGUGACCCAGCAGAACAGCGAGGUACAGAGACUGGAGCAACAACUGGCUAACAGAGAUGAGGAAUUGAAACAAAGAGAUCUUUGCCUCAAAGAUUUGAUGAGACAGAGAGACAUGGAGAAAACUGAGGCCCAAAUCAAGAUAACUGCUCUGGAAAAUGAGUUAACAGGUCUAAAAGAGCUGAGGACCAUUGAGAAGCUGCGCACUCAACAUGACUCUCAGCCCAUAGACUCCCUGAUGGAAGAAAGCAGAAGGACAACUGAACAAGUGAAGCAGGAUAAAGAGCAGGAUCUGCAGACAGUGCAUAGUGUCAAACCUCUCCAACAGGGAAAAGGAGAGAGGCGAUCACCAUUAAUAAAGGGAAAAGAGACAGCAGUAAGGUCUGAUAUCAUAGAUCCUGACCAACAGAGGAGGCUAAUCACUGAGCAGCUGAAAAGUCUGUUUAAGGGGCGGGAGCAGAUGGGUAAUACAGCGUCUCCCAUGGUCCAGAGAAAAGCUGGCUCAGUACUGGACUGUGGUUCAAAGUCACCUAAAGUUAUCAAGAGUGCCAUGGACACAGCAAGAAGUGAGGUGAAGAAGCAACAGAAAUGUAGACUUGAUUCAGGAGUUCAUGAGAAGACAGUAGAACACACCGCAGAACAAGACGCUCCUGAGAAAGAACCCCAGCAGCUCAAGUGCACUGUGAAUCAACUGAGUAAUAGUGAUAAUGACAAAGCUGCUGAGGAUGAUAUUUAA